CCAUAACUACUUCCAUAAGACUAACUCCACUCAAGUUUGUUUUUAUUCGGCCUAUAAAUUCACUGUGCUUGAAGCUCUUAAACCAAUUCUGAGAAGUUCCCUCUCAGCCAAAGUAAAUCUAUUGCGUUUAGGGUUUGGUCUUCUUCAGGAUUUCAGCGAUUCAAUCUCACUCUCACUCCACGAUCAGGCGAAUCUCAUUCUCACUCCACGAUCAGGCGAACCAGUUGCUAUUCGUUUUUUGUUGAUUGUUUGCUGCUGCUGCUUCUGAAAUCGUUCUAGGAUUUGAUAUUCCUUUUAUAAAAGAGAGAAAAGAUAUUGUCUACAAAAUUUGUUCCAUAACAAUAUCAUUCUUCUAAGAAGAAGAAGAAAAUUUUUUAAACAAGAAAAGAGAACAAAAUUGACUUUGUGACAAUAUAUAUUCAUAAAUGGCAAACCCGGGAUUAAGUAACAGGGAUAACCGGCAGCGUUUGGGCAUUACAGAGCCCAUCUCAUUGGGUGGCCCAACAGAAUACGAUGUGAUGAAAACGAAGGAGGUUGAAAAGUAUUUGCAAGAUGCUGGAUUGUACGAGAGUCAGGAAGAGGCUGUUGGUAGGGAGGAGGUGCUUGGCAGACUAGACCAGAUUGUGAAAGUAUGGGUCAAAACGAUUAGUCGGGCUAAGGGUUUGAAUGAGCAACUGGUGCAAGAAGCGAAUGCAAAGAUUUUCACAUCCGGUUCUUAUCGAUUAGGGGUGCAUGGCCCAGGUGCAGAUAUAGACACUCUCUGUGUUGGACCCAGAUAUGCAACAAGAGAAGAGGAUUUCUUUGGUGAACUACAUAGAAUGCUAGCAGAGAUGCCUGAAGUUACAGAAUUGCACCCGGUGCCUGAUGCUCAUGUUCCAGUGCUGAAGUUUAAGUUUGGUGGGGUUUCCAUAGAUUUACUCUAUGCUAAACUGCCACUCUGGGUUAUUCCUGAAGAAUUAGAUAUAUCAAACUAUUCUAUACUAGAAAAUGUAGAUGAACAGACCGUUCGCAGUCUGAAUGGGUGUAGGGUCACUGACCUAAUUCUGCAAUUGGUUCCAAACAUCCAGAAUUUCCGCACUACUCUGAGGAUCAUCAGAUUGUGGGCAAAAAAUCGCGGUGUUUAUUCUAAUGUUUCUGGAUUUCUGGGUGGGAUAAAUUGGGCAUUGCUUGUUGCUCGGAUUUGCCAAUUAUAUCCUAAUGCAUUGCCUAAUAUGUUAGUAUCUCGGUUCUUUAGAGUGUAUACUCAAUGGCGGUGGCCCAACCCAAUUAUGUUGUGCAACAUUGAAGAAGGAGGAUCUCUUAGUCUUCAAGUUUGGAAUCCUAGAAGAAAUCGAAAAGAUAGAUAUCAUCUAAUGCCAAUAAUUACUCCGGCUUAUCCUUCUAUGAAUUCCAGCUACAACGUCUCGUCAAGUACUUUACGAAUUAUGUCAAAAGAAUUUCAGAGGGGGAGUGAGAUCUGUGAGGCUAUGGAAUCGAACAAGGCAGACUGGGAUACUCUUUUUGAGACAUUUCCCUUUUUCGAAGCUUAUAAUAAUUAUCUACAAAUUGACAUCAGUGCAAAAAAUGCUGAUGAUUCUAGAAAUUGGAAAGGUUGGGUGGAAUCUCGUCUACGUCAGCUAACAUUGAAGAUUGAGAGGCACACUUACAACAUGCUUCAGUGUCACCCCCACACUGGUGGUUUUUCAGACAAAUCCAAACCUUUUCAUUGUAGCUACUUUAUGGGUUUGCAAAGAAAACAAGGAGUUUCUGCGAAUGAAGGUGGAAUCUUUGAUAUAAGGGCAACUGUUGACGAGUUUAAACAGGCAGUGAACGUGUAUACUUUGUGGAAGCCCGGAAUGGAGAUCCGUGUAUGCCAUGUAAAAAAGAAAAACAUACCUGAUUUUGUGUUCCCUGCUGGAGUUUGUCCGCCCUGCCCAUCCAAGUUAGCUAGAGCUUUGGAACUAAAGGCUUCGUCUGGACGCAAGAGAAAGCGACCUGAUAAUGAUGUUGAAAACAAGACAAGUGUAAACUCUGUGGCCCCCUUUGGUGGGGAUGUUCUUGACACAAGCUCCCCCACUAGUACCGCAAACAUCCCAUCUCAGAAUGGCAACCACAACAGUGAAGUAUCAUCAUCAAGCAGUUUGCCAACCAAAACUUCACUAGAAAUUGUUGCUCAUGCAUCAAGUUCUAUUGUAGCAGAGAAGAUGGAUAUUGAAGAAGUCAUGCUGGGCUCAUAUGCUCCUCAUCAAGCUGUGUUAGAAGAGCUUGAAGAUGUUUUGGAACAUAGAAAUAAAGUGACGUGCGAGUCUUCUAUGAAAAAUGAGCCAGGCGUUCUGGUAACCUCGCUAUGUGGAACUGGUUCAUACUCUAAUGGUGGCUUAGAGGAGCUUGAGCCUUCUGCACCAGUUUCAAAGGGAUGUUAUGCUUCUAUCCCACAGCGAAAGCCUAUCAUAAGAUUAAGAUUCACUUCCUUGGCUAAAACUAUUACUUGAAGCUAGUAAAGAUUUGACAUGUUCCUAUCAUUAUUGUAAAAAUUCUUUUAUAUAAUUACUGUAAUAUAAUAUAUGAGAUUUGACAUGUUAAAAUUGUAAAAACUAAAGUGACGUUUGGUUACAAAAUAAAAGUAGAAUAUAAUUUUGCUUGUUAGAGAUUUUGGAAUAACUGAAUAAGAAUUAUUAUGUUUGGUAUA